AUGAAUGCAGCGCUCCACCUUCCCUUAGAAUCCCAGCACCUCAUUCUUAGUGUUCUUCGAGAGCCAAUCAAUAAACUAAAUAAUAAUCAACGAUUCACCAAAGAUUUUCUAUGUUCUCAAUUUACCAAGUUAAAUCAGCCUCUUGCGGAAAACCACAUUAUUAGCGAGGUUACCCCAUUUGAGCAUGCACAAUCUGAUGUAGAAGCUCCGUCUCAUCAUAAAGGCGAUGGAAUCAUUGGCCCUCUAUCAUUCGAAAAAAAUUCUGCAUCUGAAUCGAAAGUUUUUCCCUCUAUUUGUACUGAAGUUUCUAGUGGUAACACUAUGCCAGAGGAAUCUAGGCUAAAUGAAUCUACGUCACACGAAACACGGCGUCCGAAUCAGUUGCUCUUUCAUUCUAUUCAUGAUAAUUCUCCUGCGCCUUCCAAGCCCUCAACUAUUACAAAUUCUAAAUGCAACGAUGUUCCUUCCUCAGAAUCACCGUACUCUGUCAUCUAUCCUAGUGAAAAUUUGGAUAAUCCUGUGUCUAAUAAUGCGUCGUUUUCAAAUUAUGGGCUUUCUGCUCAGUUUCUCAGCUCUCCAUUGGUCUCAAUUAAAUCUAUAAUUGAUUCUCCUGUAUGGGGACAAAAGGUAAUUAUUUAUUUUUCCUUUUAG